CUCCCCCUCCAGGAAGGCUUUCCUGAUCAUUCCCCCCCCUUUCCUGACCUCCUGUAGCCCUGCAUAUUCUGUCCCCCACAGGAUGUCAGAAUGUCUCAGCUGCAGGCACUUCAGUCCUUGAUUCCAAUUGUCCCAGAUCACUAAAUAUGGAAUCCCCCCAAUUCAAUGGCCAUUCUCCAGGGACCCCCCACAGCGAGAGGGGCUGGGCACAGGGCCAGGAAAGAUAUGUCACUUUAUCAGGAAUUCCACAGCACCGUUUUCCCGGGUGGAAGUGUUAAGAAAGGGGAAAGGGUCAUCCUGUUAGCUGGGAUUACCAGCUGGUUCUCUGGGGAUUAGGUUGGAGGGGCCUGUGCUUAACUGCAAGGUAAGUGCCUUCCUUCCCAGGCUGGUGGAUUCAGUCUAAGGAGGGGGUGAAUUUGGCCAGUGCAGGUUCCCAAAGCAGCCCUUACAAUCCUCCCCCGAAUCUUGUUUUUCUGACCAGUCCAAUAGAAGUUUUUAGUUUCUAAGGGAGAAGCAGGGGUGGGGGCUGAAUUAGCUCUCUCCCCGGUUUAGUAUGAGUCAUCCAAUCCGUUCUCCUGAGCAGCUCUGUCCUCCCACGGAUUCCCCAUAAUCAUCACUAAGAAAGACUUUGCUGAUUACAGUGUUUACUGAGAGCAGUUGGCCCUGCAUCACCCCCAGUUAGGACAAGGUACUGCUUGGGUCCAUGAACAUCCAGGGAAAAUAGUGGGAGGGUUUCUGGGGAAGCCCCAGGCUUACAAUUCCUGGUGGUCCACCCAGGGACUGUGAGGAGCCACCAUGGGCCUCAGCCAGGAAGAUGUGGAGAAGUUUCUCAAUGAGAAUCCCACCUUCACAGAGCAAUACUUCGAAAAAGUUCUGAGCCCCGAGAAUGUGGUGGGUGCAUGUGAGGGAAGGAGUCUGGUGGAUUUCUCCACCUUCAAAGAGCUAUGCCAGGUGGAGGAGAGUGAAACCCUCUUUGAGCUCAUUCAGGACAUGCAAGAAAGUGUCAACAUGGAGAAGGUGGUCUUCAAAAUCCUUAGGAAGGUAUGCACCAUCAUUCACGCUGACCGCUGCAGCCUCUUCAUGUACCGGCAGAGGAACGGGAUUGCAGAACUGGCCACAAGGCUCUUCAACGUCCAGCCUGACUGCACCUUGGAGGAGUGCCUGGUGCCCCCUGACUCGGAGAUUGUCUACCCUCUGGACAUUGGAGUCAUAGGGCAUGUGGCACAGACAAAGAAGACCGUCAACAUCCAGGACGUUAACGAGUGCCCCCACUUCAGCUCAUUUGUAGAUGAGCUUACGGAAUAUGUGACCAAGAACAUACUUGCUACACCCAUCAUGAAUGGCAAGGAAGUUGUUGCUAUAAUCAUGGCCAUAAAUAAGACCAAUGGACCAUUUUUCACCAGUGAAGAUCAAGAUGUCUUCUUGAAGUAUCUGAAUUUUGCCACCUUAAACCUGAAAAUCUAUCAUUUGAGUUAUCUGCACAACUGUGAAACUCGAAGAGGCCAGGUACUUCUUUGGUCAGCCAAUAAGGUCUUUGAGGAGCUUACAGAUAUUGAAAGACAAUUCCACAAGGCCUUCUACACAGUCCGAGCCUACCUUAACUGUGACCGCUACUCUGUGGGCCUCCUGGAUAUGACUAAGGAGAAGGAAUUCUUUGACGUGUGGCCAGUGCUUAUGGGAGAAGCUCAGCCGUAUUCGGGGCCCCGAACUCCUGAUGGCAGAGAAAUCCAGUUUUACAAAGUAAUUGACUACAUCCUCCACGGCAAAGAAGAUAUUAAAGUCAUUCCAACUCCUCCAGCAGAUCACUGGGCACUGGCCAGUGGCCUCCCGACCUAUGUAGCAGAAAGUGGCUUUAUCUGUAAUAUUAUGAAUGCCCCUGCAGAUGAGAUGUUUGAAUUUCAGGAAGGGCCACUAGAUGAUUCUGGAUGGACUAUAAAAAAUGUCCUCUCCAUGCCCAUAGUCAACAAAAAAGAGGAGAUUGUUGGCGUUGCUACUUUUUACAAUAGGAAAGAUGGGAAACCCUUUGAUGAGCAAGAUGAAACUCUUAUGGAGUCCCUAACACAAUUUCUUGGCUGGUCUGUGCUCAACCCGGACACCUAUGACAAGAUGAAUAAACUGGAGAACCGGAAAGACAUUGCCCAAGACAUGGUCCUCUACCAUGUGAGAUGUGAUAAGGAUGAAAUCCAGGAAGUGCUGCCAACAAGAGAACGAUUGGGGAAGGAGCCCAUGGACUGUGAGGAGGAUGAGCUCAAAGAAAUCCUGAAAGACGAGCUGCCAGGACCCACCAAGUUUGACAUCUAUGAGUUCCACUUCUCAGACCUGGAAUGUACGGAGCUGGAAUUGGUGAAAUGUGGGAUCCAGAUGUACUAUGAGCUGGGCGUGGUAAAGAAGUUCCAGAUUCCCCAGGAGGUCCUAGUUCGGUUCUUGUAUUCUAUCAGCAAAGGAUACCGAAGAAUCACUUAUCAUAACUGGCGCCAUGGCUUUAAUGUGGCUCAAACCAUGUUCACACUUCUCAUGACAGGCAAAUUGAAGAGCUACUACACAGAUCUGGAAGCUUUUGCUAUGGUGACAGCUGGCCUGUGCCAUGACAUUGAUCACAGGGGAACCAACAACCUCUACCAGAUGAAAUCACAGAAUCCAUUAGCAAAGCUUCAUGGCUCAUCAAUUCUAGAAAGACACCAUCUGGAGUUUGGGAAGUUCUUGCUUGCAGAAGAGAGCCUGAAUAUUUAUCAGAACCUGAAUCGUCGACAACAUGAACAUGUGAUCCAUCUGAUGGACAUCGCCAUUAUUGCCACAGAUCUGGCCCUCUACUUCAAAAAAAGAACAAUGUUUCAGAAGAUCGUGGAUGAAUCCAAGGGGUAUGAUGACAAGAAAAGCUGGGUGGAAUACCUCUCCCUGGAGACAACAAGGAAAGAGAUUGUCAUGGCCAUGAUGAUGACUGCAUGUGAUUUAUCUGCCAUCACCAAGCCAUGGGAAGUCCAGAGUAAGGUAGCACUGCUGGUGGCUGCUGAGUUCUGGGAACAAGGUGACUUGGAAAGAACAGUGCUUGAUCAGCAGCCAAUUCCCAUGAUGGACAGGAACAAAGCUGAUGAGCUGCCUAAGCUGCAAGUGGGGUUCAUUGACUUUGUGUGCACAUUUGUGUACAAGGAGUUUUCACGUUUCCAUGAGGAAAUCCAACCCAUGUUUGACAGGCUAUUGAACAACAGGAAGGAGUGGAAGGCCCUGGCUGAUGAGUAUGAGGCGAAAGUGAAGGCUUUGGAGGAAGAAAAGAAAACACAAGAGGAAAAAACUGUAGCCAAGAAAGCUGGUACUGAGAUAUGCAAUGGAGGCCCAGCUCCAAAGUCUUCCACCUGCUGCAUCCUCUAAACACCCUUCCUUGUUGAUGCCCCAAACUAUGCAUCUGAGUCUUCCUGUCUCCCAGGCACCUCAUUGAAGCUCCUGCAGAACUGAUGUUUCUUACUGCAGUCUGCAGAGAUAAGCAGGCUUCUGGGAAUCCAAAGGAAAAAUCCAAAAGAAUUUUUUUUUUACAUUUAAAAAGAUGUACUGGUUUUAGUUAUUUUUAUAAACUAUGGUGAAGCCAAGAACUAAAAGUUCAUUUUGGGCAUAUUUUUAAAAGAUUUUCAUUUUUAGUAGGUACUACCUCCCCCAAGAGUGUUAGGUGCUGUGUGUGUGUGCAGAUUGGGUGCACACACACACACACACACACACACACACACACACACACACACACACACACACAGAUAUUCUAAUUCAUUUUCUCUUCUUCACAAAAUUUAUACCCGAACCCCUACAGGUGAAACCAAAACACUGAAAUCUAAUGUGUGGCUAAAAUCGUGAGUCUAUACUUGUCCCAGCUAGUCUACAAGAAAAGACCAAUGCAGAAACAGAACACAUUUUCUGCAUAAAAAUCCCACAAUCCAUAUGUAGUUUAUAGACUUUAAAACCUUACUGUUGUCACCAAUUGAGAACUGCCUUAAGUCCCUUUUCAGUGGAUUCAUGAUCUCAAUUCCUCUAACUCAUUCUUGCUUUCUUAUCCUAUAGGAUUCUCAUCCAUAUGCUCCCACCAAUCAUCUCAAGCACCUUCCUCUAGGCAGGCCUUCUAACAUUCCAGAUAUCAGCCCAGCUCAGCUUUCAAUGGAUCACUUAGCCCAUCCCAUAUUCUGAUCAUACAUCUUGACAGCUGACUUAACUCACUUCAGUUUAGAUAAUCCCUUUUUAAUACAUGACUUUCCAUCAUUAUAGCAGUCACAGGCCCCUCGUAGCUUAGAUAGGAAGUUUUUUUUAAACCAAGGAAGAAAUGAAGAGGUCACCAUCACACAGAUGAGGUCUUUUCCCUAUUACAAUGGUGAGUCCAGUGACCUUGUUCCUCACCAACAACAAACACAUUCAUGGCAGAUUAGAGGUAAGGGAGCCCGUUAUUGAUUUCCUCUUAGCUACCAAGGGUUUAGUUUGUAACAAGUGCUGCCUGGUGGGUGAACACCAUGAUCAUUGUUAGGGUUAAGCUAGAGCUCUAAGGAAUUGUAUAAAGAUAUUUGCAACCUACUUCUUUAGCAUGUUUAAGAGGCAAAUUUUCUUCUUUCCAAAGAGGUAAGCUGUGAAUGACUGUAAGAGAUCUUGGGUUAAGGAUGAGAAACUGCUGGAGGGUGUUGGAAGAAAGAGGGCCCUGCCCUGGGAGUGUGGAAACCCUGAGCUCCACCAUAUAGCUCUUGGAUUUGGGGUAACCAUUUCUUGGCCUGUUUUCUCAUCUGUAAAAUGGGUAUCUUACUUGUAUUACCUACCUCACAGGGUUGUUGUGAGGCUCCAGUGAGAGGUCUAUCUGUGAAAGCACUUUGUAACCAUAAAGCACAGUAUCAAAUGAGAGCAACUAUUUCAAUAAACAGGUACUUGGCA